AUUAAAUUUAGUAUCCUUUGCAUAUCACAGCACAAAAAACGUAAAACAUGAUAAAUAAAAGUUUAAUAAUCACAGCUAUAUCAAUAUAUAUUACAUUCCAAUGCAGUUUCAUAUUUUGCACAGUUCAUAAAACGCUCCAGGUUUUUCCACAAAAAUCAUAUAAACACGGAAACAUAUACCCACAGAAAGAUAUAUUGAGGACGACGGAGGAUCAAAUCGAAAAGAAACUUAAUAUCAAUAAAGAGGCACCUGCGAUUCAUGUAGGAGGAACUCAACUCAAAAAGACCUCAACUCAAGAAGGAGGAAAUCAACUCAAGAAGACACCAACAGAAACAAAAAUAAUUUAUAAAUCACAUCAAGAAAAUGAUGUUAGAAAAGAUACAUUGCCCCGUAUAGAAUUGAAACACUACAAAACCACAGACGGUCAAACAACCCUUCAAGAGAAACCAGAACUCGAUGAACCGUUAAUUGCUAAAUAUACAGAACAGAUAGCGCAAUGGAAGGCUAAUUUAGAUAAAACACAGAGUUUGAAAGCGGAUAAAUUGCAGCUUGAAGAAAUAAACGAAAAAGAUCUAGAGAGAGAAAUAAGAAUGUGGAAAGAAAGUCAUAAUGAUAAACCGACACAGGAUUGGAAGGAAAAUUACUCGCAGCAAGGUCUACCAUGGGGUGGAAGCAUCACAAAAUUCACAAACAAACAGGAAAACCAAGAUAAAAUAACUGAUCAAACCGAAAACCAACAAGCAAAUCAGAAAUCCCAGUUUACUGAACAAGAUGUAGAAAAAGAAAUACAUCUAUGGUCAGAACCAAAUCAGAAUAAAGAGAUCAAGGAAUUAAAGAAAUAUGUAGAUGAUGCACCAUCAGUAGAAGAUGAGCGCAACGCAUGGUUAGAACAACAGAUACAAGCGCAUUUGACGUCAAUAGAAAAUUUUGGUUUGCAAAAAGCAAAGGAAACUCAGAAAGAAAUCCCAAUGAAAAGUAAAUAUGUUCCUAAAGAAGAAGUUGUUGCCAAUCCAGCCAUUGAGAAAGUACCCGAAGCAAAUAUUUCUGUUGAUGAGGCAGAAGAGUUAAGUGCCUCUGAAGAAGAGGAAUAUGACGAACCAGAAAAAGUAGAUGACAAUAAAGAAGAAUCACAAAAGACUCUAAGUAGUGCAGAAAAGCAGGCACUACAAUGGAAGGAAAUUUUACUCAAAACCAACAAGGAAGGACAAAAAAGUUCAAAAACAUUGAGUGUAGAAAACAAAGUCCGACAGAAAUUAGCAGAAAUUAUGUCAAAUAAAGAUGAAAACCCAGUGAAAUCUGAAAAAGUUGAAUUUGUUAAAGCCAUGGCUAAUAUUGCCAACUCGACAAAACUCAAGAUAAAAGAAUUGUUGAAGCAGCAGUUGAAAUCUGUAAUGGGUACGAGUAAUACUUCGCUCGUUAAGGUGGAUUCUAAGAAAACAGCUCUACGUAAUAAUGUGUUGAAUCUUAAACGUUCCAACACCAAGUCUCCGAAAAAAUGCAUACACAAGUGUUUCGACCCAAAAUGUGAAGUUAAUUGCAUAGGUCGUCGCGGAUCGGCAGCCUGCAGUGCUAAAGGUUGCAAGGCUAAGACCAAAGGUCCAGAUUCUGCGUCCCUAUGUACGGGAGAAAAAUGUCAUGCAGAUUGCUCCGAUGAACUGUGUAUAGCGGCGUGUGAAGGUAAAGAAUGCUAUGCCAAAUGUAAAGGCAAAACAUGUCACUCAGUGGCUAAUGGUGAGGCAGCACACACAGAGUGUCAGAAAGAUGAUUGCAUGGCUUAUGCAACCGGCAUUGAAGUUGAUGCAGAGUGCAGAGGAACGAACUGUCAAGCCCAGUGCGUAGGACUAAGAUGUACGGCCAAGUGUAAAGGCACAAACUGCAUUGCCGGGUGCAGCGGAGACAAAUGUCGGGCUCAGUGUUCCGGCCAAGGUUGUCACAAAUCAAUUGUUUCGGUACCUGACUAUAUUGAAAUACCAAUAAAAAAACCUGACUACAUUAAAAUACCAAUAAAAAAACCAGACUACGUUGAAGGCGAUAUCACAAGUGAUGAAGACGUCUCAUUUCUAAAAGAUGAUAUUGAUGACAAAAAAGGACAUAAGGGAGAACCAUUAGCAUUAUCAGGAAACAAGAAAGAUACCAAUUCAACGUCAUUGAUAUCAGUCUUGUUUCCUGACAAUGGUAAUCACACGUUAAAAGUAAUAGACAUCGGCAUGGUCAUAGUAUUCGAUGAAUACGUUGACGCAUUAAAGCAAACACUUACUGAACUUCAAAAUACAAAUUGGUUAAGAGUACUAGCGAAUAGAUUUUGAAUAAAAAUUUGAAUGGUGUUACAUUAUUUGGUGACUGAGAGGUCUACUCGGAACCACUUUUAAGUCAAAAUAAUCUGCUAUUUUAAGAAAAAUCAUUUUUUUGAAACCUAACUUCAAAACUAUCAAAGGUUUCCUAAAUGCCUAUUUAAGGGAGAGAGGGUUAUGGAAAAAGAGGAGAGUACCGUCUGCCCUCUGGUACCAAUUUAUAAAAAAAACUCACUAUUUCCAUAGAAAAACAAUAGGGAUGAUGACGGGGUAUGAAAAUUAAAAAUCUAUUUAGUCCGUUAGUUAGGUACUGAAAAAUAACAAUACUUGUAUAAAACGAAAUAAUAAAGUUUAGAAGUGCGAGCAAAUACGUCAUUUCUACUUGUAAAACGUACCUGAAAGUGACAUCACGCGAUAUUUCAAAUCAAUAUUGGAAAGUAUUUGGUUCUGUAAGAAAAUAAAAAAUCCAUGUCGAAUAUUUUAAAAUAAUAUACAAAAUGGACAUUUAAAUAAAAAUUAAUCAUCUACCCUAUUGUUGAUAAGCUAUCUUAACCCUCGCUCAAAACAAUCAAAAAAUGUCUUAAAGACGAAGAAUUCUACUAAAUGCAUCACAUCGAUGCCUAAUUAUCAUUGACGGCUCAAUUGUAAUUUAAUAUAGAAUUUGUAUGUUUAGUAAUAAAUAAUGUUUUUCAACGUC